AUGGGGGUGUGCCCUGGACGCGCAGGCCGCGGCGGCUCCCGGGAAAGUUCUCCAGGCGGCGCGAGGGGUGGCGCCCCGGGCGGGAGCAGCCCAGGUGCUGCUGGGCUGGGCCCCGGCGUCAGCAGAGAGCCCUGGAGCGGAGCGGGGGCCCAGAGGCCGGGAAGGGGCGCCCCUUCCGGGCGGGGUCCCGGUCCGCACGGGAACCCGCGCGCCGCACCCUGGCCGCCCCGCUGUCGGGAGCGCUGGCCCUGCUGGCCGUGUGGGUUUCCUAGGGAGACUGGAGGGUGGCUCAAGGAAGACCCGGCGCAGUUCUGCUCGGACCCUGGCGUUCGGCGCUCCCAGUCCCACGCCCUCCGCGCGACGGGCAGUGUCCAGGACUGGCGGGCACAAUAGCUCUGAGGCUGCAGUGACCCCUGGUGGGUCCUCCUGUCCGUGCACGAGCAGCAGAGGCAGAGCGCCGGAUGAGGCCAGAGCCCCGCUGGCCUUCGGAGCAGGUGCAGUCUGUGUUCUCCAGCUGGGAACCAGCAGCCAGUCAAUACAAGUAGAAGUCAGAACUGACGAGGGGGGAGAACGUGGGGCAGGGUUGACGGCUUCCUCUGAGAUGGCUCCAGGGAAAGGAAGAGGGAUAGAAGACCAGGCUCCCUACGUACCUACUUGGCCUUCUCUGACACACCCCACUGAGAAUUGUUGACUAGAAGCCAGAGACAGCUGUCUUCCUGUGAUGCCCCAUGGUGACGCCCACAGGAACUUUCUCCCUUUGGUAUUCAACCCGCUAAAACGUGUGAAAGGAUAUGCAUCAUUUAGCAGCCCUGAUAUCUAGGAUUUGACUGAAGAAUUUUAUGCACAGAAACCUAUGGAUCCUGGAAGAAACACCUGGAUCCAGCUGAUGCUUUGGUAGUUUUAGCCAAAUGUAGCACCAGACGAUCCCACCCACAUGGUUCUCCCGGUACCUGGAAUCCGAAGGAAAAGCUUGCCGCCGAGGAGCUAGUAGCAGAGAUGAAAUCCACGCCACGCUGUUGUCCUCCAUGACGCCCCAUCUGGAGGCUGGCUCCUCUCUUUUGUUUCAGAAAGCACAGGGAAACUCUGUGCCUUUCCUAAAUUCCUAGCGUCAGGAUUUGGUGGUUCUACGUAACAUAGCCCUCACCCCAUCUUUCCCUUCGCUGCUGCUUUCCUCCUUCCGCCAGCAGCAGGCAAAUGGUGGGCAUCGCAUUUCUCCAAACUCAGCCCCAAAUACAUUUAAAUUCUG